UUCUUAUUACUUCUUUGUGUUAGUUUGUCCAAGCAACUAAUCAAAUCAAACUAUGAGAAAUUAUAUGGAAGCAGAAUCUUCAACUGGUUCUUAUCAUCUCCUUGAUGAAAAUGAAAACAAAAUUACUUCUUCAAAUGAUGAUUCUAGACUUAAAGAAUUGGGUUACAAGCAAGAACUCUAUCGUGGUCUUUCGUUCAUUUCAAACUUUUCUUUGACAUUCUCCAUUGUAUCAGUUCUUACUGGUAUAUCAACAUUGUAUAAUCAGGCCCUAACUUUUGGUGGGCCUGUUACUAUUGUUUGUGGAUGGCCCAUAAUUGGGUUAAUGACACUUAUUGUGGGCCUUUCUAUGGCUGAAAUAUGUUCUGCUUAUCCAACUGCUGCUGGGCUUUAUUAUUGGAGUGCUAAAUUGGCUGGAAACAAGAUUGGCCCAUUUGCUGCUUGGAUUACUGGCUGGGUGUUGUCGAAUUUUGCGUUUUCGUUUUCUGUUGUAUCAGUGCUUACUGGUUUGAAUACAUUGAUGGGUACUGGUUUGAAUUUUGGUGGACCUGUUUCUUAUGUUUAUGGAUGGCUAAUUGCUGGUGCAUUCACACUGUUUGUUGGAAUGUCAAUGGCUGAGAUUUGUUCUUCUUAUCCAACUUCUGGGGGUCUUUAUUAUUGGAGUGCUAAGCUUGCUGGUCCAAGCUGGGCACCUUUUGCUUCUUGGAUCACUGGCUGGUUCAACAUUGUUGGUCAGUGGGCUGUCACAACAAGUGUAGAUUAUUCAUUGGCUCAGUUAGUUCAGGUGAUAAUUCUUCUUAGCACUGGUGGAUUAAAUGGUGGCGGAUAUCAGGCCUCCAAAUAUGUGGUUAUCGCCCUCCACGCUGUAAUUCUGCUUUUACAUGCUUUAUUAAACAGUCUUCCGAUUUCAUGGUUGUCCUUCAUUGGACAACUAGCUGCUGCAUGGAAUGUUUUAGGUGUCUUUCUUCUUAUGAUUUUGAUCCCAAUGGUCGCAACAGAAAGAGCUAGCGCUAAAUUUGUGUUUACUAACUUCAAUACUGUCAAUGAGGAUGGAAUCAACAAUAAACUCUACAUCUUCGUCCUCGGACUUCUCAUGAGCCAGUAUACAUUGACAGGUUAUGACGCUUCUGCCCAUAUGACGGAAGAAACCAAAGAUGCAGAUAAGAAUGGGCCAAAAGGAAUUGUAAGUGCUAUUGGCAUAUCAAUUCUUGCUGGCUGGGCUUACAUACUUGGUAUAACCUUUGCAGUUACAGAUAUCCCGCAUCUGUUAAAUAAAAACAAUGAUUCUGGCGGCUAUGCUAUUGCUCAAAUCUUUUAUGAUGUAUUCAAGAGUAGAUAUGGCAGUGGUGUUGGUGGAAUUGUUUGCUUAGGUGUUAUUGCUGUUGCUGUAUUCUUUUGUGGUAUGAGCUCAUUAACUAGCAACUCGAGGAUGGCUUAUGCAUUCUCCCGAGAUGGAGCAAUGCCAUAUUCGUCGUUCUGGCAUAAAGUAAACAAGCAUGAGGUUCCGCUAAAUGCAGUCUGGACGUCAGCCUUUAUAGCAUUUUGCAUGGCAUUGACGUCUCUCGGAAGCUUGGUAGCAUUUCAAGCCAUGACAUCUAUAGCGACAAUCGGGCUUUACAUUGCUUAUGCCUUGCCAAUCCUGUUUCGAGUGACUCUAGCUCGAAAGUCCUUCACUCCAGGUCCUUUCAACUUGGGAAGCUACGGAAUCGUUGUAGGUUGGGUUGCAGUAUUCUGGGUCGCGCUCAUCUCUGUGCUCUUCUCUUUGCCUGUUGCCUACCCUAUUACAGAUCAAACUCUCAACUAUACUCCAGUCGCGGUCGGUGGCCUUGUCAUUCUUGUUGUUUCUUCAUGGAUCUUCAGUGCUAGACAUUGGUUUAAAGGUCCUAUUACCAAUAUAGGCAACUCUAGUGAAGAAGCAUAAGUAGAGAGAAUUCUUUUGUAAUUAGACCAUGCUGA